AUGGCGUCCAACAACAACACUCCUCCCGAUCUAAUGAUCUCCUCCGGCCACUCCCUCAUCCCGGCGAUUCGCCGUCGCCGGAAACACCGAAAACCAGGCGUUGCCGUCGCCUUCCGCCUCAGAGAGACGCAAAAGAAACCCUCUGCAGGUAAUAGCAGUUUCCCUCCGAAUUUUUUUCCAGGUUCGCAGAAAAGUGAGGUUUCGGCGAGGAAGCUCGCAGCAGGGUGGUACUGGUGGCAGUGGCGGUUUAUGGAGCUCUUACGCCACGGUGAUGUUUUCCGACAUGCACCGUCGUUCAAGUAUCAGGAGGAACACCUACGUGCUCAGAAGUCCAUCAAUAAACUUAAAGCUACACACAAGUCCUCUAAGAAAAGAGAGAAUCUUGAAGACAAAAAGGUCUUGUGGAGGUGUAGAGAAUGCGAGAAGAUUGAAACAAUGUUAUAUGACUUGAAGGACAAGUUGGCAAGGGAAAGAAGAAGUAGAGAAAGGAUGGAGUUAUUGAAUACCAAAUUGGUACAUGAUCUGACUAAGGCCGACUUAUCAGCCAAACGGUUUAUGGCAAACUACAAGGAAGAGAAGAAAGGAAGAAAACAGAUAGAGGAAGUGUGCAAUGAGUUAGCCAUGCAAGUAAGGGAAGACACGACUAAGCUUGAAAGAUUACUAAGUGAUUCCGUGAAGAUUUGCGAGGAAGUGGAAGAAGAGAGGGAAAUGAUGGAAAUGGUUGAACUAUGGCGUGAAGAACGUGUGCAAAUGAAGCUACUCGAUGCACAAUUUUUACUUGAAGAUAAGUAUAAUCAGAUGGUCCAGUUGAUUGCUUUUCUAGAAAUGUUCUUGAGAUCAAGGGGUGCCGAACUAGACACCACUGAACUAGAGGACGCUCAGUUGAUCAAACAGGUAGUUGAAUCAGUAAAUAUCAAAGACAUUGUGGAGCUGUCAUAUGAUUUCUCAAAGUUAGAUUUUACAGUUUCUACUUUGGAGGACCUAAGAAAAGACAACAUAGAAGAAGGGAUGAUUAAACCAGAUUCUCAUACCCCACUUAAUAGCCCCUUGUCCACAAUCCACACCGAAAGUCUUGAUGAAGAAUUGCUGAAUAAAAACUCUAUAUUGCAUCAAAAUAGUCCCUCCAGUGAUUAUAAUAUUGAAUUAGACCAAACUAACUUAGAAAAUUUUGGUUAUCAUGAGGAUCAGAAGUUUAGGUCAAUGCCACAAAGAGGAGACACCUAUUCUGUUAAUUCUAACCAAGAGAAAGAUAUAUUAGUUAGUGGAAAGGCAUGUUUGGAAUCUUUAAGGACAAGAGUUAAUGGGAUAGGUUAUGUGUCAGAAGGAGAAGUGUUGCAGAAAGCUUCUUUUACCUCUAAAAAGCUAAGGUCAAGCCCCAACGGUGGAAUAACAAUUUCUACUGCAAAAACUUCUCAACAUAAAAGGCUAGGCGGUGGUCGGCACAAGGAAAAGGAGUGUAGGCGCCUUAGAUUUCCAACAAGCUCAAUUCAGAAUGCUGGGACUAAUUCUCAGUGUCAAGGUUCUGUUGAAGAUAGCUUCAACCCCACGGAACAAUUGGAUCCAGGAAACUCUACAUACAACAUGAACCCUCACAUAAUUCGUGGGAUGAGAGGGUGCACAAAAUGCCCACCAGGUGUUCCGAAAUCCAAUUUCAAAGUCACCCCUGUUGGAAAGGAGUGA